GAUACGAGUGUCAGCCGCAUCCUUGCCCUGCUAUUACCGGUGCAUCAGACCGUGAGCGCCAGCCAAUCGUUCAAACCGAUACACCUUCCUAAAAAACCCAUGUCAAAACACUUAAGCCGCCCCGAGAAAAAAGUGUGAAAUUAUCUUAAGUGGCCUGUGUCUACGAAACUCCCUUUUAAAAUUGGACUAAUAUAACGGUAUGUUCUAAGUAAAGAUAGAAGUGUAGAUAAGUUAAUAAGAUUAUUAUUAUACCUCGUGUUGGUGUUGGGGUCGGAGACCGGCUUUUAAGGACGGAAUGUUACUGAAACCGUGUAUAAAAAACGAGUGGUCUCCUGGGAUCGGUCAUUCCGCGGCCGGAGUGGGUGCACGCAUCUUCGUUCCCAAAUACCGAGUCUUUUUUGUGUAAAGGUUCCCUUAAUCCUUCUUUCCAUAACGACCAGUAGUACUGAGUCAGUUCUCGGUAGGGGUGAACGUUGACUGUUAUAGUUCAGUUUGCUGUACUUAGUGCGAUGUAUCCGGAUAAUAAUGGUGUGAUGUACGUUUUCAUGAGCUUGUUACUGGUGGCAUCAUCUGAGGCUUUCUUCUUGAAGUGGGGAUCAGAUUCAACACAACAACAGGCGCAAAAGUGGAUUCAACCAAUGUCGCCAAAUAUAUCGCCCUACCGGUACCAGUACAUGUAUUCGCCAUACGAAUCUCGAAAGACGUACCAACUGCAGCCUCCACAGUACGCGCAACCGGAGAUACCUAUGCAGCAGAGUAUGGCCCCGAUUCCUAUAAGCGUACCGGCCGGUGCCAGUCUCACACCUGUCUCAUUGCAACAUGUCCAGCUCGUACCAUGCAUGUGUCCCGUAGCACCCGAAGAAGCGGAGAAGUUACAAGAACAAGUCGGGCCUGGGCCCUAUUUAGCCCAAACCUACACUCAGUCUACGUACUCGGUGCCGCAGCAAGUCACGGUAGCUGCAGACAAUAAUAAAGCUACCACAAAACAAUAGAUUAGUGUCAUAUGUCAUUUUAUAUGUAUCUUUCAAUCCCACCAAUGACUGUUUUUAUGUAUAAUUUAUUACAUUUCAUUAUUUAUACUACUUCACUGAAGACUGAUAGUGUAAGUAAGGUAAAAUGACUGUGUUCAUUUUUAAUAAAGUAAUUUAGAUUAUAAAGACUUUUAUUUAAAAAAUAAAUAUUUUGCA